GUGGUCAGCUAAUAUAUUAUUUACCUCUCUGGAGUGCCAUUCAUGAUGGGCAAGUUAGAAAUAUCUAGGAUUGGUUAGUUGAUAACCAAUUUGACUUGGUCUCCUAUUUUUUCUCCUAAAAAUUAGAACACUAACGUUACUGCCUAUAGCUGAACGUUUUUCUCAGUUGACAUAAACCAGAGAUACACUUGACUUCCUAUUUAUUCUCCAUGUUAUUAGCAUGAACGUGGAGUUCAUAACAAAUUCUGAUAGAUAUCUAAUCUCUAUAAAUAAGUUACUGAUUUUUCCUUGAAAACAACUACACUCCUGAAAAACUACUUCUCUACUCAGUUUUGGUUGUUUACACGAUAGACAAUAAAAUUCUUCUCUUCUUCCGAUCGGUGUACUCUUUCACAAAUACAAAAGCUUUUCCUGUUUCUUUUACUUCAUACAUUUAUUUAGAGUGUCGGGAAACUAUCGGUUCGUGAGUUUGAUUCGCUGCACCGAAGAGAACUUGAAAGUCGUUGUAUCUUGGGGAAAGAACGCCAUCCAACCCCGUGCAGAAGGGGGUGUAUCAUUCCUUAGGAGGGCGUCAUCACGUGCCUCGACCACCCCACAAGCUAUUCUUAUCUUUUCUCUAAUAAUAUUGAAUUGCCUUACUUGGUUGAUUAUUUGUUCUUGUUUAGGCAUUUAAUUUCUAGCAGAAAUUUCCUAAUCUUAUAAUUUUCCCAACAAUCUAAGGAAUGACAUUUGUUAGGAUUUUCUGUUAGGGUUACACUUGUUGUAGUAUUGUUGAGCGGCUUUGUUUUGAAAAAAAAAAAAAUGGCAUUUGACGAUUCGAGUUCUUGAAAGCCCGAGAAGUUCAAUGGUCAAAAUUUCAAAAGUUGGCAACAACAAAUGAAAUUUUGGCUCACCACUUUGGGUUUAUAUUCUGUGAUUCACAAGGGUUUGGUUUCAAAAGGAAAAGAAAAAUCAUCGGAAAAAAAUGGAACUUCUAAGGCUGUUGAAAUUGUUGAAACUGGCAAGGAUUCGAUCCCGUCGAAAAAAUCUACUGACGAUGAUGGUUUCGAUGAGAAAGAUUAUUUGUGUCAUGGUAGGAUUUUGAGUGCAUUAUCUGCUAGUAUCUAUAAUAUUUUUUGCACUGCUAAGACUGCCUUUGAGUUGUGGGAAGCAUUAGAAUUUAAAUAUGGGGCCGAAGAUGCCGGUCUUAAACGGUAUUAUGCGGAAAAAAUUUUAGACUUCCAAAUGGUUGAUGGAAGGUCAGUGAUGGAACAGGCCCAUGAAUUUCAAAAUAUACUCUAUGACCUUAAGAGAAAAGGCAUGGAUUUAACUGAUACUUUUCUAGUUGCUUCUCUCAUUAAAAAAUUGCCUCCCUCGUGGUCUAAAUUUGCUAGAGAACAAAAGCAAAAGCACGAUGACUAUACUUUUGAUGAACUUUUAGUGUCUCUAAAUAUUGAAGAGAAGCAUCGUGAAAAACUAGUUGAACCUGCUUCUGAUUUUUUGGCUAAGGUUCUCAUUGUAGAAAAUCUUCAUAAGCCUACGCAUCAAAGUUUUAAGAAAACCAACUCUACUAAACAGUUUGUGAGCCAUAGCAAUAAUAAUAAUAAUAAACAAAAAGGCGGCAAUAUUAUUCAGGAAAAGGUAGUGGCUUGUUGGGUGUGUGGAAAUACUAAUCACAAAGCCAAGGAUUGUUACUAUCGUAAAGGCCAACCUCCUAAGCCUCGUGAGAAUAAUGUAGCUCCUAGACCACUAGCUAAUGUCGUCACUGUGGAGGCCAACUCCUCUAUCCCUGCUAACAGGAAUCAGGCACAAGAACUAAAAGCAUGGGAAAUGGGAGCAUGGUCAGGGUACUAGGAGAAGGAAAUGUUAGUUUGAAGUUGACCUCGAGCAAAGUUUUCACCUUAGAUCGAGUCUUGCAUGUUCCAGACAUUAAUAAAAAUCUAGUCAGCACUUCUUUAUUAGUUUGUCAUGGUUUUAAGAUUGUUUUAGAGUCGAAUAAAGUUGUCAUUACUAAGAAUGGUAGUUUUGUUAGUAAAUGUUGUUUAGUUGAUGGUUUGUUUAGUCUUAAUGUUGU